GCUCACAACAGCAGCAGCCAGGGCUGGUUUGGGUGAUCGAGGGGGACCCGGCGCGGCUCAGAGCAUCUCCCUCCUCCUCGCCCCCCCGGGUGGCUCUGGCUCUGAUAGAGCGGCGUCGGCCGCCGUCACCGCCAUAAUAUUAUUUAUAACCCGACACAAAAAAUUGGAUGGGACGAACAAGCGGGCAAGACAAUCCCGGAAAUAACAUGCGUACUCACAGCCCGUCACGUACGCUCGCGGAGAAUGUGCAUCGCCGUGCGGCUGCUGGAGAUCCCCGUCCAUGUCUGAAAAUGUCUAAAAGACUUGCAGGAACAAACACUCCGUGUUAGACUGUGAUAAAGCGCGAGUAUUGUGAGCAGCAGAGCAGUGGGACAUGAGAGUUCCCGUGGCCGUGGCAGCAGGGCUCCGCUACGUCAGAGAAAGCAGCAGCGGCUCGGCGAGAAAAUGAGGCGCGGACGUGAGGUACGUGCGCAUCCAGCUCAGGACGAGAUCCAAUGGAGAGUUUGGGACGGACGGACCUUAUAAAGCCGAGCUCCAGUUCCCGCGAACCCACAGUGUACUCAGACUCGCCAGAGGGAAGGAGGACCGCCACCCACCAGCAGCAGCAGCAGCAGCAGCAGCAGCAGCUCCAGCUCUCCUCUCGCCUCUCGUCCCCGGCAGGAAUGGGUCUGAACGGGCUGUGCGCGGUGCCGGUGGGCAGCGCGGCGGCCGCGGGGCUGCUGGCGGCCCCGGGCGCACCGGCCCCCCCGGGCACCGCCGCCCCGGCCAGGCAGCCCAAAGGCGGCGUGCUGCUCUGCAGCGGCGAGAUGGGCCCCCCCUCAGCCGGCGUGGAGGGGAACCAGGCUGGGGGUUCAGCCCUGCAGCCUCAUGGUUACUGCCCGCCAGUGAACGGGUUGGUGGCUGUGCACCCCCUCCUGGCCAGCAGGGGCUGUCUGAUGGAGAACGGGGACAGGACUGCUUAUGACAACUGCUCUUCAGUAAUGAGGAGGAUCAAUGGCGACCUGAAAGUCAAACAGGCGCAACAACAAAAAAGGAGGGGUGGGGAGAACCGGGACAUAGGGUCAGAAAUGCUCAACGGUCACACGGUGGGGUCACUGGGGUUAGGGAGCUCUAUGGAGCAGGUUUUGGCGCAGAGAGAGUCGGACUUUAAGCGUAGGAAAUUGUCGGAUGGAUCUGCUCCCAACGGUUCGUCGGAGGUCUACAGGCUGGGACGAGCCGUUGCCCCGCUCACGGUUGCUUUCAAUGGUGGCAACCCCAACCUCGCAACCUCUCAUUCCAACCAUCACGGCGGACAUCACUUGUCAUCUUCGGACUCGGCGGCCGCACCCAGCCGGACCUCCUCCUGCGGGAUGGACGCCAUCCCGGCCUCCGGGCCUCCGGUGGGCACUGGCUGGUCGGCGGAGCGCAUCGCCCAGCAGUACAUCAUCCCCUGCAUGAAGUACUACGGCAUUUGUGUAAAGGACGACUUCCUGGGUUCGCAGUUGGGCGACCAGGUCCUGGAGGAAGUGGAAAUACUGAAUCGCAGUGGGAAAUUUCGGGGUGGGCAGCUCGUGAGCCAGAAGAGCAUUCCCUCUCGGAGCAUCCGGGGAGACCAGAUCGCCUGGGUAGAGGGGCAGGAGCCCGGGUGCAAGAACAUCGGGGCCCUGAUGGCCCACAUUGAUGAGGCCGUCAUGUACAGCGCUUCCAAUGGACAGCUGGGGAACUGUGUCAUCAAUGGACGCACUAAGGCCAUGGUUGCUUGUUAUCCAGGUAACGGGGCAGGGUACGUCCGCCACGUCGACAAUCCAAAUGGCGAUGGACGCUGCAUCACAUGUAUCUACUAUCUGAACAAGAACUGGGAUGUCCAGAAACAUGGAGGUUUGCUGCAGAUCUAUCCUGAAGGCAAAAAUGUAGUAGCCAACAUCGAGCCUCUGUUUGACAGGCUGCUCAUCUUCUGGUCCGACCGCAGGAACCCACACGAAGUCAAGCCCGCCUACGCCACUCGCUAUGCUAUCACAGUCUGGUACUUUGAUGCCAAAGAGAGAACAGAGGCUAAAGAGAAGUACAGAUUAGCCGCAGGACAGAAAGGGGUUCAAGUGCCUGUCACUCAAAGCAGCAGGACAUAAAACUCCUCCCGUGAGCGGAGAGCACUCUCAAAGUACUACGUGCCUUCCAGACCUGCUGGAUGACGCCAUCAGAGGGAGACACAGUUUGGCUGUCGCUCACUGCUGCAGCGCCACGCCACUCUCUGCAGAGUGUCAGCUGUUAGUCGCGUCACAGGCUGUGACGUACAGAUUGGGCUGCUGAUCAAAGAUGUGGCGUAAAUAUAGAGCACAGUGGACUGACCGGCUUGUACGGCAAAGGUGAGAUCAGACUCGUGAGUCGAGGCAAAAGAAGACCUUGACGUCUCUCUGAAUCAGCUUUGAAGACCGCCGCCUAAAAAAAAGACUCUUAAAGACUGUUGUUUUUGCAGUUUUGCCUGCUCAGUUAUCGGUGACGUUACGAUGUUACUUCUAUGUUUUACUCUGCUCUGGUGUAAUUUUCAAUUAAAUUUAAAUCAACUAAAUCCCAUGGAGCAUGAAAGAGGAAUCAAUGAGGGCAGAUGUUUGGGGGUAAAGGGGCACUAGCAGUGGAAAUCAGUCCCCCCAGAACUUCCUAUUCCCACUUGUAUGUGAUGCAGACCUCUUGUCUCAUGAUGUGAGCUAGAUUGUACGUGCGGUUAGUGUUAAAGACAGAGCAGAAACAGGCCUUGACAAAACAUUGAAUGAAUAAUGCAGAGGAACGUUGCCCCGUGGCACUUGUGUAUUCAGUCCAUGCUCAAGGUCUAACCCUAAACAUUACAGCGAUCCGCUCCAAAGUCAUAAUCAGCACAGACACACCACUCCACACUAUACUUUUACUCUAUAUAGCACACUAAGUAGAGUUCACAAAGUAUGUCGGGGCUUUAUCUGGCUUAUUUAGAAAUAAAAAAGAACUUUUUUCAAAAUUGUAGUGCAGCAGAAUCACUGAAAGUAUGAAUGUUUCUGGUAAUUAACAUGCGUUAUGGGAGUAUCAGUUUUCAGUGCCGAAAAUGGAAUACACAAAGCUUUUCUUUGCGUUACGCUCACCGUGGGACUGAAUUACACGACUCACACCUGAGACAAGAAGUGGUCCAGACAGGGUUGGAAGAACUGUGUUUGUGUGUGUGUCUGUGUGUGUGCCUGACUCGAACCAGUGCUGACCGGGAUGAAAACCACAUGCGCCAACGGCUGUUGAACAAACUACCCAGGAAAGGCAGAAGACGGAUAACAAACAACGGACCCAGUCAGCCUUUACACUUAAUUCAUCUAAAGGACAGAGUACGUGAACUUCUGGGUUAAACCUUUGCCUGCUCACGCCUGGGAUCGAGUGUUUAUGUGUAAAAUGAGAACGUGUGUGUGUGUG